AUGAAGACUCACACUGUAGACAACUGGUUUUCUUGUGACCUUUAUCACAGUCUAUUUACGCAAAGCAAUAUUUUAACAAAGCGCAUGAGACAAGAUACACUAUUCUUGUGGCUUAUGACAAAAGAUGCCACUUCGCUGAAGAAACAUUCGCAGAAGCAACGCGAUAGAGCUGCCGAGAAACAGGAACUUCCCUCUUGCAAUGUUUGCCAGACACAAUUUAAAUAUAAAAGUGAUUUAGCUGUCCACAUGAGGACUCACACUAGAGAGAAACCGUGUUGUGACCUAUGCCAGAAAGAAUUUACACGAAAAGUUCAUUUGAUUAGGCAUACGAAAGCACGUACGUGUUUAAAAACUUUCUCUUGUGACUUAUGUCAGAAAAAAUAUACAUCUAGAAGAAAUUUAAAUGGGCACAUGAGGACUCACACUGGACAAAAAGCAUAUUCUUGUGACAUUUGUCGUAAGAAAUUUACUCAAAGCGGUAGCUUAGGUAGGCACAUAAGAAUUCACACUGGAGAUAAACCAUACUCUUGUCACAUUUGUCAGAAGAAAUAUAUACAAAAAGGAAACUUUAAUACGCACAUUAGGACUCACACUGGUGUGAAAUUAUUCUCUUGUGGCCUUUGCCCGAAAACAUUUAACGAAAAAAGUUAUUUAAAUAAACAUAUGAGUAUUCAUACUGGUGUGAAAGCUUUUUGUUGUGACGUUUGUCGGAAGAAAUUUGCACGAAGAAGUACCUUAACUUGUCACAUGAGUACUCACGCGGGAGAGAAACGAUAUUCUUGUGACCUGUGUGAGAAGAAAUUUACACAAAAAAGAUACAUUGAUACGCACAUGAGGACUCACACUGGUGUGAACUUAUUCUCUUGUGACCUUUGUCAGAAGAAAUUUGCACAAAAAAUUAAUUUAAUUAGACAUAUAAUCACUCACACGGGUGUGAAACCUUUUUGUUGUGACAUUUGUCGGAAGAAAUUUGCACGAAAAAGUAUCUUAACUUGUCACAUGAGUACUCACACUGGUGUGAAACCUUUUUGUUGUGACAUUUGUCUGAAGAAAUUUACACGAAAAAAUAAUUUAAAUAGACAUUUUAUGGAGACUCAUACUGGAGAGAAAUUGUGUUGUGAUAUAUGUCAGAAGAAAUUUACACGAAAAGUUUAUUUGAUUAAGCAUAUGAAAAAUCAUACGAGCUGAAAAACUUUCUCUUGUGACCUUUGUCCGAAAAAAUAUACACAUAGAAGAAAAUUUACGAGGCACAUGAAGACUCACACUGUAGACAUCUGGUUUUCUUGUGACGCUUGUCACAAGCACUCACUGAAGAUAAAUUAUUCUUGUGGCUUAUGACAAAAGAAAUUAAAAGAAAAAUACUAACAACACACAUGAGGAAACAAACCUUUUUCUAGUAACCUUUGCCAGAAUAAAUUUACAAAUAAAAGUGUUAGUGAACACAUUUGAGAGCUCACAGAUAUAUAAAAAUUACAAAUAAAAGUGUUACUUAAAUUUGAGUGUUAGUAUAAUA